AUGACCUUUCCUGUCGUCACACUCCUUCCAAACUUUUAUAUCUCACUCAAGCGGCGCGUCGUCCGAAUCACGGUGGACGCCACAGCCCCGCCAGGCCCCGUUCCGGACGUCAGCGAGGGCGCUAAACAAAUCAAUCACCUGCCAGGAUGCGAGGCUCACUUCCUCAUGCUGCCGUUCCUCUCCAUCGGGCGAACCCCCGUGAACCGCAUUCCCAUCAUGGCCAAGCAAGUGCUGGACCUCUACAUGCUCUACAAGCUUGUGACUGAAAAGGGCGGCCUGGUGGAAGUCAUCAACAAGAAGAUGUGGAGGGAGAUCACCAAGGGCCUGAACCUGCCCACGUCCAUCACCAGUGCGGCCUUCACGCUACGCACGCAGUACAUGAAGUACCUGUAUCCCUAUGAAUGUGAGAAGAAGGGUCUCAGCUCGCCGGGGGAGCUGCAAGCCGCCAUCGACAGUAACCGGCGGGAGGGCCGAAGGCCCAGCUACAGUGCCAGCCUCUACCGCUUCCCGGCCUCCCCGGGCUCUGCGCCCCACAUCCUUCCCUCUCCCAAGAUGCACUUGGCGUCGCUGGGGGGCGGGGCCCCUGUGGGACACAAUGGGCUGCAGGCGUCACCCGGGCUGUCACUGAAGAAAAGCACAGAAGAGAGCGCCUCCCCGACGGCAGGUUCCAGCCGGGCAGCACUGGGUGUGCAGCAGCAGCAGCCCCCAGUGGGCCUGAGCCUGGGCCUGGGGCUGGGACUUGGCCUGGCGCGAGCCGCGACGCUGGAGCAGCUGCGGGAGAAGCUGGAGACGGGCGAUGGGCCGGAGCGUAAGGUGGCGCGGCUGGCGGAGGAGCAGCAGCGGCUCAUGCAACACGCGCUGCAGCACAACCUGCUCGCCAUAGCAGCUCACGCACCCAUUGGAGGUCGACCCACUUCUUCUCGUGAAGACAAGCAAGACCUGGCAUUAAGCAUCUCCACCAAUGGCAACGCCAGCAUCAGUGUGUCUGUGGAGGUCAACGGCACGGUCUACUCAGGAAUGCUGUUCGCUCAGAAGUCUGGAGCAGCGCCCCCUGCUGCUUUGAGUGGAGGAGGCUUUGCGUUCCCUUCCUCUGCCCACAGCCCUAGCCUGUCUUCUUCCAAGGGCCCCAGUCCUGCGGAGCCCUCUACCAGUGGCUCUCCCUAACUGUUUGGCCACUCCCCCUUCCCAUGACCCCUCCCCCCACUUGGCUCAACAGGGACACACUCUGCCCGUUCUUCAGUGGCUCUGAUGGGGAUACCAGGGAUUAACUGUAGCACAACAAAUACCUCAUCGCUCCUGUCGACCUCGACUGUACACAGACACCGACACAGUGACACACGAACACGAUGGAUAAAACGCAGCACAAUCAUACAGUACAGUCAGAAAUCACCGACAGGUGUCCACGGUUGAACUUGAAGAUGUUUAUUUCAGAUUUUACUGUUCAUUGCCACUUGCCUUUUAUGAUUUGUAAUUUUGCUACUUUCUUUUGCAUACCUCAGAUCAAGAAGUCUGCUUUGGUUGAAUUAUACAGGUAUCUGUAGUGUACUGUAGCAGAAGUAAGUUUAUUUUAUAUACAUGAUUUAAUUUUGUUGAUCAGGUUUUUUUUUUCUUUUAGGUUUGCAUAACUGAAGCCUUGUAUGAACGUUUCUAUGCAUGGUUAGAGCCCCGGUUUGCUGUGGUUCUUCUUAGGCAGGACUGAGUGGCUGAGAGAAGCUGGCUGCCCUGAAGGACCUUUGGAGAUGUUUCAGUUCUCCUGUAGUCCUCCUUCCAAAGAACCUCUGUGAAUCAGCCUGCUCUGUGCACGGUGGCUCACAAUUGGGAGGGAUUCUUGUUUUACUUCGUUCACUUUUUAAAAUAACAUGGAGAUGAUGUUUACUGGUCCUUAGUCCCUGCUGGUAGCAACUUCUGAUUGGAGCAAUGUGAAUACUAUGGGUUUGGAUGGGAGUUUGGGUGAGCUAAAGCUUCUGCAUCUGAUUGGUGGUUUUCUGGCACCAUUCUCCACCUUCAUAAUGUCCCUACAGCAUUAGCUCCCAUUCUGUAGGUGCAUUGGGACCAGUGGUGGUCUACUCUACAGACCACUCCUAGAACCCUGAAAGUAGAAGGGGCGUGUUUUACUAAGACAUCAGGACAACGUAUGUAAUGUUUUAUUAUAUUUUUUUUUUUUGUGAAAUGCAUUUUAGUUUUCAAGCCUCACAUUUGUCUUUCCAUAUUGGAAAGUGUCUUUCUCAGGAAUGGCAGACUUCCCACGUUGCUUGAUCGGAGAAUGGAUCCGUAACCAAAGACGCUCUCAGUUCCUCAGGAUGUCUUAAAGGUCACAUGGUUUGGAGAAUGCUAGUUAGCUUGGCUUAUUGUCACGGCUCAAGUCUGUUGUGCUGACCUACGAAGAGGUUCCACGCUAACUGAUCUGACUUGUCGUAUGCAUACCAGGCAACAAUGUCUUGAAGAUAAUAUUUUGUUCUCACUGAAAAUAUUUACCAGGUGUACAUGAGGCGUCCUCCAUCUGAUAGCCUCAUUUAAUCUGACCCCGAUCGCUGUAUACCAAAGAGCUGGUGAACUGAGCUCCAUGUUGUCCACCACCAACCGCAGGCUGCUCUCCUUAUUUGCGGUGGAAACGACGGGGGUCACGUUGGAUUUCCCUGACCGCCGUUGCAUGGCUCCAGGGGCCUCGUUUUGGCAUCCUUGACCGACCGAUGAACCCAUUAAAAAAUAUGAUGAUAAUUAAUGUUCACUCUCCAUGGCUGUCAGGUCCAGGUCAGAUUCGAUCCCCCUUUUGAAGGCUGUGGGGACUGCCCCGUGUCUCUCCGCAAUUGCUGGAUCUUGGGCCCAUAAAGAGGUCCUCAUUUCUCCACCUCAGGUCGAACAGCAGACUUUAUUAUACUCCAGCCUUUUGGGGAAAUAUACCGAAUGAGAGAACCACCAUUUGCCAACUAGUACUUAUCACUGAUAUCUCUUUCUUGCAUACCUUGUCGUGUGACUGUAAUCGGCUCCUUUCACAUGGAUGUUUUUGGCUUUUAACGUACCUCAUGAGAACUUCCCUCAUGGUGGCUUUUUGUGCUGUUGAGUAAGCCGGCAUCGUGCCUCCUGAAAUCCUGGAUUGUUUUUCUUCACAUUGGACUAUUUGCAUGUAGGAUUGUAAAUGUUCCACUAGAACAUUUCAAUGCCAGGUUUGAGGUUGUGGGUGGGAGAAAUCAUGGUGUGGGGUCCGCAAAGAAAAUGACAGAAAUGUAGCUACUGCCUUAAAUUCUCACCCGUGUUUUCUCUCCUAAAAAUAGAUUUUAAGGUAUUUUAAUCGAUGAUUCAUCCUUCCUCUUGGAGACAUUACGAAAAGCUAAUUUCUUUUAACUACUGGGGGUAUAAAAAGGAAAUCAUUGAGGGAAGGUGAUAUGUCGCCACGUCCCACCCCCGCUCCCAGUUUUAGUGUGACACUCAGCACAACCGUGUCAAAUGAGUUAUAUAAACAUGUUUUUUUUUUUUUUGGUUAACUAUGUCCAGGGAUCAGGCAAGGUGCCCUACUCUUCCUCAGAGCCAUGUGAAAGCCUUCCAGCUGCCCAAGCAUUGAUUUUAAAGGAUGUGUUUUGGACAAUCGCGUUCCCCAUGAUGUUAAAACUUGAAGUUUGGGUCUUAGGCCAAUGAAACAGGCUCAGUAGCCUUUACAAUGCAAGGGUCUGACAACUGAUCCAUUUUAUAUCACUUGUGUUGUUACCUUUAUGAACGAGUCUCCUCCUUAGGUGUAAUGGACUAUACCAAUCCCAAGGUGUCCCCUCACCUUAAGCACCACAAGUUUCCUCUGUGCACAAGAGGGAACCACCAGAGAUGGGUGGGGGGACGUGGGCAUUUGCAUGCUGCAACACUCAAGCGAGCUCAUUUCCUCCCUCAUCUCAAUCUCUCUCUCAUUUUGACAUUGUACCCCUGCUUUAUCCCCCACACCGAACCGGCCUUGAUGUACCUGGAAAAUACAGCUGGUCUUAGCUUGUUUUCACAGGUGCUGAACUCCGUUGUCACUCAGUGCUUGACUGGCUGUUCUACACUUCAUUCUUAAUAUUUUGUUAAAUGGAAAAAUGACCUUUCGCUGGUACAAAUUUGAAUGAUCCAUUUUAUAAAAACCAACCAGAGGUAUUUCUGUGUAUUAUUAUUAUUAUUAUUAUGAAUUAUUAUUAUUAUUAGGGGGUAUCAGCAAUUGUUUUCAGGGAAAACAAUAAAAAUUUAUGUAAGAAGGA